CUCAUUAUCAUUUUAUUCACAAUAUAAAUAUAUACCAGCACCAAAUCUUUUUCUGUAAUAAAUUUUCUAGUAAAGCUUAAGAUAUAUAGGUUGUUGAUAUUGUUCCUCUCUUUUUUUAUUCUUGAAGAUAAAAAUACAAGAUAAUGGAAACUAGAGUGGAAUCAAAAGGAAAAAUUUCAAGAAAGAAUAUGGGUCAUAAAAUUGCAACAAAGAUUGAUGAACAUGAAGAGAUUUUGACUAUGGAGGAAUCUCGGUAUGCUGGACCAAAGAUCAUGGAAUGGACCAACGAGAAGCAUAGUAUGUAUCUCAAGUCUAUGGAAGCAUCUUUUGUCAACCACUUAUAUGGUUCCUUAGAUGUAGUUGGCUUGUCAAGGCCUAAUAAAUCCUCAAGGCAAAAGCACGCCAACCCUUCAGGCCAGUAUAAGGUGUUUCAAGAUGGUUGUUGGACCAAAAUCGAUUUCAAGAAAGACGAGCCUCAGUUAAAUAAAACAAGUGAAUCCAGUACUGUAUUAGCCAGGCCCUGGAUUAAACAUUACAAAUCUCAAGGCAGACACCAAAUGAGAGUAAAUUCAGAUCUCCAGGGAAACACUAAACAGAAUCAAUCUCCUGCAUCUGACUUCAGUUUGUGCCAAAAAGAUUAUGUUACAGAGGUGAUGGAUCAAAACUUUAUCGAUGAAGAUCUUGAAGAAGGAGAGUCUAGCAGGGAGCACAGCGCAAAACGGACGAAAAUUUCAUUAAGUGAUGGCACGAGCAGUGAUCAAGUAGUCCCAUUCCGAACGUCCUCGAUGACUGGUGACCUUAGUGAGGAUCUUCUGGAGUCAACGGAGUAAGUCUUUGGCUUUCAGAGACUAUGAUGACAACUGACCUUUCUAACCAAGAAUGAGGAAUAGAAGAGGAGCAUUUUCUUCUUCUUUUUUCCUUUCGGACUUUAGGCGUAUUAAUCAAUAGUACUGUUAAAUAGAUUCUGGGUAAGCAUUUCGAGGCGCGGGGUUGAAUUUGAAGAUGUGUAAUUCUGUCAAAGAUGCAUCAAGGUUGUCUGACAUUGGCAGUGUAGCAAGGCACCAAGUCUGAAACUAUUGCUGUAGUUUGAUCAAGAUUUUUGCUACAGUUUCUGCCCGGAGCUAGUUAUGGUUUUUAUUGUUUAUUUAUCUGUAUGUUGGAAAUUCGAGUAGCCAUUAGACCUCUGUAGUCCUUGUACAGAUUUUGGGAAAAUGUUGUAAAAGCAUUUGUUACUUCUCAA